GGCCCGCUUAAGGAAAAGGAAAUUCGAGACUAUCUCUACCUCUAUGGCACCACUGUUUUCAUCUCUUCGUCAUUCACCCGGGCUGCUGCUCUCAUAUCUCGUGUAAUCCCCAUGGGGAAUUAUUUUUUGCGUUUACCGUUCUUACCGGGGAUUGAUGAUUCUGCGCACGAACACAAACAAGAUAAAAUGCGCUAUUUAUUUAUUUAUUUCUUCACACGCCUUAUGGAGAUGUCCCGACGGAUACCGUUCUUUAUCUCUUGAUACACGAUACUAAAAACAUGCUGGCUUACUUUUAAUAGGGAUCAUGCCUCAUGCCGAGACCGAUCUCGCCAUCCCUUGGGCUGUUAUCUGCCUUCUCCUCCUCGUCACCGGUGCCUAUGGUCUCCAUGCCACUCUCAAGGGCAGCACCUGGCACCGUCGCCAGUUCGUCUCCUUCUCCUGGGGAUUCCUUCUGAUGUUCCUUUGCUGGGCCAUUGUCUACAUUGCCGUUGAGGAGCACCACGUCGAGAAGGUCAACAAAGGUUGUGAGGAGCGCAACCCCAGCUGGGGUGAGGGAGUGUGCGAUUCUCGCCGCAAGAAGGCUGCGACCAUUGCCACUGCCCUUGUCACCGUCGGCGCGAUCCUUGGUUUCUACUUCACCUUGGUCCUCUCCAAGUGGGUCGGCGGUCUCGAGUGGGAGGAGCACCUCGAGAAGGAGAGACGUCUCGAACAGUGGCGCAAUGGCCACGGAGAGAAACCCGAGGACGUUGUUGUGAACGUCUAGACCAAAGUCUGGCUCACCAUUCAUUAGAACAUAGCUCCCUCCUGGGAAUAAACCCGUAAUACGUAUCUGUAGCCCAGCAUCGCAUUUGUAACCUGGUUGUUCUCUGGCCCUCCUGGGCAGUCACCAGAAAGAAAAAAAAAUUGAGCAGUCAGUC